GUCUUAGGUUAGCUGUGUCAAGAUGGCGGUCGACGUGGCAAUUAAAUUGCAAUCACCAUUCAUGAAUAUUUACUAGAAUCAAGUGAUUUAGUAGUGAUGCGAGUAUUUUGUACGAAAUGAAAGGACUUCAUUAAGAUGCCAUUCAUGGAAGGGGCGCUUUGGAAGUGGACAAAUUAUGUUACUGGUUGGCAACUACGAUGGUUCGUAUUAGAUCAUGGUGUUCUAUCAUAUUACAAGUCACAGGAUGAUGUCAAGCUGGGCAGCCGGGGCUCUGUGAAAAUGGGUUGUUGUGAUGUAACAGCACAAUCAGGUGAUCCCCUUAAGAUCAUCCUUAAGUUCCCUCCUGAUCAUUAUAUGUACCUUAAAGCCACCACAGCAAGUGAAAGACAACAAUGGGUUGUUGCCUUGGGGUCAUCGAAAGCAUGUCUCACACUUGGAAACCAUGGAGAUUCUAUACCGACAAAUCAAGCCAAUGAAUCUGAUGAUUCUGUGAACCCAGAGAAAGCUCUACAUAAAAGAAUGUCCGAAAUACAUGUAUGCAGAAACAUUUUACUUGAUCAAAUAAGUGCAAUCAAGAAUUUAUGUGAUAAUAAAGACACAACUCAGGAGUUCCACGAGGCAGGGACUCUACUCUCUGCAACUUGUGAUGCAUUUUUAAUUAAUCUUGAGGCUUGUGUCAAGAUCUCUGAACACAAGUUUGGAUCAGGAACGCCAUUGUCUUCACCACUGUCUCCUGUCGUCAACCAUGACAAGAAUCAUUUGCAUCGUGUGGCUGCCCAUUCUCACGAAAAUCAAAGUAAUAGAUCAGCUCAAAGAACAUCAUCAAAUUCAACUCUACAGAACGGUUUUGAAGAAAAAGGAGGAGCCAAAAACUUUAUGAAAAAUGAAAAACUUACGAAAAGUGGUGAAGGCGAUCAUACAAGAACUGAUCUUGCGACUAAUUUAGAUGAAAGCUUUGCUCAGGAAUUAAAAAUAAAAGAAAUAGAAACACAGCCAACGAUAUUUUCAACGGCUCCAAACAGAUUCACAGACAUAAACAUGUUAAAAAAUAACCAUAUUCCUACGAAACCAUUUCUACUGGCAUGUAAUUCAAUUUUGCCUAUUUUUGAUGUCCUUGGCCGUACCGCAUUUGCUCCAGUUAAGAUGGACAUUAGCGGGAAUAUAAAGAAAUUGACUUCGAAAUACGAUAAUGACCCGACAUCUUGCUCAACUCUUCAAGCUAUGAUCGGUGUCGAAAUCCAUUCCAAUACAUGUAAUGUAAAGAACUCGGCAACUGAUGCUCUUUUAUGGCUAAAAAGAGCGUUGGAGUUUACAAAUGUCUUUCUUCUUGAAAUCAACAAAGGUGAACGUGAAUUGGUCGUUGUUGCUUCCAAUGCAUACUCCAAAACUUUACGAAAAUAUCACGGUUGGAUGGUGAGAGGUAUGUUUGCGAUGGCAGUCAAGGCUGUGCCUUACUGGAAGGAUUUCGUCAAGGCACUCGGCUCAACUGAAAGCGGUAUAGCCCCGGAGAAUGAUGUACUUCAUGACAUCGAGACAUUUACAAUUACACUGACACCGAUACUUGAGCGGAUGAAUGCGUUUUAUAGGGAAAAUAAUUUGGAUAGUAAUGCUACUGUUUGAAUAUUUAUUUUGUGAGCAGAAAAUGCAUUAGCAAUUUUACAGACUAUUGCAUUAUGACCCCCUCCCGUGAAGUGAUUAUUAUUUAUGUUUAUUCCGGAGGGAUAUGAGACUUAUGGAAUAUUUGUCUUGUAAAGAAAUAACACUAUAACAUGUAGAAAAGUAUUGAUAUGGAAACAAAAAUAUAGGUGAAUUAAUCCCUCUGA